CUCCGUCUGGGUCCUCCGCCAGACUUUGUCCCCGGCACGUGUAGGUGAGACUGCUUGUUCGUUGCUUUUUCUUUCUUUCUUUUUUUUUUAUUUCGAUGCCAUUGUGGGGACCGGAGGAAGGGAAGCAGACAAAAAGCGGGCGUGUGCUCUCUCGAAAAAUUCAAUCCUCAGUGCUAUAGCUCUCGUGGUUAAUUAAGAUGAAAUAAAUCUCCAGGGCAUCUGGGGAAAGAGAGGCUGCAGCUCGGGAGCCCUGCUGCGCCCGCCUGCCUCCGACGUCCAUGGAUGCUCUGGCUCCAGUGGCUGUGGACCUCUGCUGGGAAGGAAAGAGGCAGGAUUAGCCGCGGGGGAAGAAAUCUGGCCUCCAGAUCCUUUCACCCUUUGGAAGAGACCCCGAGGAGGGGGUGGGGGGAGGGAGUGAAGGGUGCCGUUGCAGUAAUCCACAGAACCAAGAUACUAAAUGAUUUUAAAAAAUAAACUAGAACCCACCUCCAACUCGUCUCCCUUUCCCCGCCCAGCAAUGAACAGAAGAGGCAACAUUUACCAGGUUUGAGAUCUAAUCCAUUUCAGCCGGGCAUAAAUUGAUGAGUCUGCGUGCUGCCUGAAAGAACGCAUCUGUAGGUGUGUGAGAUCCUAUCCUCCAGUUCAUUCCUUAGGGAAGCGAGCAUCCUGAGGAUGGGGGAAAUUUCUUACCGGCGGUUUGAUACCCAGUAACGACAGUCAGAUGCCUCUGGAUGAUGAACCAGCCACAGUGUGAAGGCUUUUCAGGACAGCCCCAUCCAGGAAGAAGCUCUGUGAUGUGUGGGUCAUAAGUUUGCUCAAGCAAGUCAGACUCUUCACAAGGAAUAGCGAGACGUGAGGACUGGGAUGGAAGAGCUGGCACCAGUAGAAGUCCAGGGACAGCUCCCAAGCCCCCACCAGGGCUCUCUGAGGAAGGCCAUGGCCGCUGCCCUCGCCCUGGAUGGGGAAUCCACAAUGGGUCGCCGGAAAAAGAAGAGGAAAGAGUCCCGCCCAGAAUCUAUCAUCAUCUACCGGUCAGAAAAUGAGAAGCUGGAUGAGGAGCCUGGGGAAUCAGAAGGUGGAGACCGACCUAAAGAAGAGGAGGGGGAUGAUUUCCUAGACUAUCCUGCAGAUGAUGGUAUGUGGAACAUGCCUUUGGACAGCCGCUAUGUCACACUAACCGGGACCAUUACUCGAGGGAAGAAAAAGGGCCAGAUGGUGGACAUCCACGUCACAUUGACGGAGAAGGAGCUGCAAGAAUUGACGAAGCCAAAAGGGUCAUCAAGAGAAGUAACACCUGAAGACAGAAAGGCCUGCCAAAUGGGAGUUGACCGUGGGCCCCACGUGGUCCUUUGGACGCUGGUCUGCCUGCCUGUAGUCUUUAUCCUCUCUUUUGUUGUCUCGUUCUACUAUGGCACGAUCACCUGGUACAACAUCUUCCUCGUGUACAACGAGGAGAGGACCUUCUGGCACAAGAUCUCAUGUUGCCCCUGCCUCAUUCUCUUCUAUCCAGUGCUCAUCAUGGCCAUGGCCUCUUCCCUGGGCCUCUAUGCUGCUGUGGUCCAGCUCUCAUGGUCCUGGGGAGCAUGGUGGCAAGCUGCCCGGGACAUGGAGAAAGGCUUCUGUGGCUGGCUCUGCAGCAAGCUGGGCCUGGAGGACUGUUCUCCCUACAGCAUCGUAGAGUUGCUUGAAUCUGACAAUAUCUCAGGCACUCUCUCCAACAAGGACUCCACCCAGGAAGUAGAAACUUCCACUGUCUAAACUUCCAAGAACUUAUUUCCUUCUGUGGUCCCAAUAGCCUAUAUAUCAUCUUCCAAUUCCAGAAGAUUUGUUCUUUACAUUAGCCCCCUACCCCUCUCAUUUCUGAAAAUUCUAGCCCACACUCUUCUGUCCUACCAUCUUGAUGGUUCCAGGAGAGCAGGGAACAGAAAAGCAAUUUAUGCCAAAGCAAUCCAGCCAUGGGUGAAUUCUUCUCAUUCCUUGCUCUAAAAUGACCAUUUAUCUGGGACAGGAAGCUUAGUUGUGUGUAAGUUCAGGAGCUUGAAGAUACUGGUGCCUGGAACCCAGGGGAGUAUGUGACUAAAGGUGACAGGGUGAAAAGGGAGGCGCCAGGGAGACCAAGUUCACCAAAAAGAAGUAGGAUGGAGAGAAACAGGAAGCAGGGCUACCACAGUGUAGCAGGGAUAGUGUAGUAAAGAUCUGUGUGUAUCACUUAGAUUUUGAUUUAGUGGCAUAUGAUUAAAACCCUAAAAUAUCCAUAGUUCAAAUAAGAUGGAAGGUUCUUUAUUUCUUGUGCAGAAGUCUGGAGGCAGACCAUCAGGGGACCUGAUGAAGUCAUCCAAAUCCCAGGCUUUAUUCCCCUACCAUCAGUAGGAGGUAGCCCUCUUUGUCCUUGUCUUCAACACCUCUGUGCUGACUCUAGCUCCGGCCAUCACACCCACCUUUCUGGCAGGGCAGAGGAAAGGGCAAAGGGCCUAUCUUCCCUGUUUAAGGAGACUUCCCAGAAGUGUCACUCAACAGUUCUUGGAUCUUAUUGGCCAGACCUUAGUCACAUGACCUCACAAGCGCAAGAGACUGGGAAAUGUCUUUUGGUUGGGCAGCUAUAUUCUAGGCUAAAUUUUUGGGUUCUGCUAAUUUAAGCAAAAAAAGAAACAUGGCUAUUUCGACAGGCAUGAAAGAGUCUCUGCCUCACAGUAAUUACUUAAAUAUAUCCAGAUCCCAACGUGCUAAUAUAGUUUUAUUUAUUUAUUUAUUUAUUUAUUUAUUUAUUUAUUUAGGCCUGAAUGUUACACAGAGAAUUUAUACAUAGAUACUAGCUAUAUAUACUAUGUAUAUGCUAUAAAUAGAUAUUAGCAGCUCAUGUACUUUGCAAUUAGUCUGUAAUGUCAUGUGGUUUCAGGGUUUUUAGGAAGGAAGAGUGAACAGUUGAAUGCAAUUGGUAGCAUAACUUUUUUCCUGGUAGUGAAGGCAGGACUGGGCAGUGAUAUUUAAUCUAAUCUACAUAUUAACGAUUGUGUAGGGAGGGAUUGAAAACUUCCCCCAACAGGGAUCAGUAGCCCUAAGCAUGUAGAAGACAGAGUUAGCUUUCUGUCUUUUGGCAAAACCUCACUUACAGCCUCACUCACUCAGACCUUUCUGGAGUUUAAGGAACAGUGGCUUUCCACUGUGAAGCUUGUGUCUUCCUGGCCACUAGGGGGUGUAAGCCAGAUGAAUGCAGUUUGAUAGAAUCUGAACCUUUUUUCCUUUUUUUAAGGUUAUUUAUUUAUUUUGAGAGAGAGAGAGAGGGAGAGAGAGGGAGAGAGAGGGAGUGCAUGGGAGGGGCAGAGCCAGAGGGAGAGAGAGAGAAUCCCAAGCAGGCUCUGCAUUGUCAGCACAGAGCCCAAGCACUGGGGGCUUGGACCCACGAACCUUGAGAUAAUGACCUGAGCCAAAAUCAAGAGUUGGGAUGCUCAACCAACUGAGCCACCCAGGUGCCCCAAACUUUUUUUUUUCCUUUUUAAAUUUAUUCUUGAGGGUGUCUUUCUAAUUUCAAAGAAUUGAAUCCCAAGAGGUCAAGCAGAUUUUGGAGGUUUGGAUCCUCACAAGAACAGCUGGUGCCCAUUUCUUGUUCAUGUCUCAGGAAGAAACUGUGGAAAGACCUGCCGUGAAUCAAACCAGAUGAGUCAGUAGUGCCCUCUCACGGAAGGCCCGGGACAUUUGCCUAAUGUAUGGCGAAUGCCACCUUCAGAAGAACCCCUUUUGAAAACAACGACAAAAACUUAGCUUCACACGAAACGAAACACAACUUUGUCCAGCAUUUUUGAAAAUAAACUUGGUGCUCUCCAGUGCUUUUGCAGAAAUGUAAAAAAUUGAAAUGAAGACAAAAUAAAAAUAAAAUCUAAUUAACAUUUGUUCACAUAGCCUUUGAAUGUCUCUAAAAUGGCUUUGAGUGCUUCAGCCUGCAGAAAACGGAUGAGUGUGGUAGCUGUCCUAUAUAUGUAUAACCAUCUUCAUAUGGAUCCUUAUAUCUUGAAUCUUUCCACUAAUUUAAGGGGAUUUACCUAAGCCUCCAUUAGGAAGUUGCAACCACACUUGUCACAUUUUUCUGGGAUGAGGGAAACCAAUGGCCAAGGCCAAACAUAAUCAUGAUUAGGACUAGGGUAUGGUGGCCAUGGUGGCAUGGAGGAGGAUGGGGUGAAGGUGAGGUUCAAGGGAUUCUUAGAUGAAGAGGACAUGGCCUUCAUCCUAGUUAGGCUCACAACCUAGUGAAAGAAA